CCCUUUAACCACACGUUGUGCAAACAUUGAUGCGUUGUUUGAGUUUAAAAGGCAACUUUUCAGGCGUUCCCGGCUACACUCUGACAGCGGUCACCAUGGAGAGAACUGUGCUGCGAGUCAGCAUCUUCGGGCUGCUUCUGGCUUUUGGUGGUGCUCAACCCAAAAAGGACGACUGGGAGAUCUACAGUUUUCACAUCAACUCCACAGUGAACAGCCGCUACGCCACCACCGUCAUCACCAGCCGUGUGGUCAACCGUAAAGACGAGUCGACGGAGGUGGAGUUCCACGUCCGGAUUCCCAAGAAUGCUUUCAUCAGCAAAUUCAGAAUGUUUAUGGAUGACCAGGUGUACGAUGGCGAGGUGAAGGCUAAAGAAGCAGCUCAGCAGCAGUACACACAGGCUGUGUCCCGUGGCGAAAGUGCUGGCAUUGUCAGCUCCAUAGGGAGGACUCUCGAGGAGUUCAAGACCUCCGUGACGGUGGCCCCACUGAAAAAGGUGACCUUUGAACUCACCUAUGAGGAACUGUUCAGACGCAGGUUGGGCAAGUAUGAGCUGCAGAUCUUCGCUCGCCCCAUGCAGCCCGUCAAAGACUUCAAGAUCGACGUGUACAUUCACGAGAAAGCUGGCAUCAGUUACAUGGAUAUUAAAGGAGGACUAAGCACCAAUGCUCUGGCUAAUGCUAUCACCAAAAAACUUGCAGACCAACAGGCUUGGGUUUAUUUCUACCCCACAGUGAACCAACAGAAAACAUGUGACAGCUGUGGAGAACAGGGUUUAAAUGGAGAUCUGGUCAUAGUCUAUGACGUCAACAGAGACAAGUCUCUGGGGGACAUCAAGCGCUCAAAAGGAUAUUUUUUGCAUCACUUUGCUCCCUCAAGUCUUCUCCGCAUACCAAAGAAUGUGGUCUUUGUCAUCGAUCAAAGCGGCUCCAUGCAUGGCCGCAAAAUGGAACAGACUCGUAUUGCUUUGCUGCAUAUCUUGAGUGACCUGUCGGAGGAGGACUACUUUGGUCUCAUCACUUUCGAUGGCAGAAUUUUUUACUGGAAACGAGAACUUGUUCAGGCCAACGCAGACAACGUGAAAAGUGCCAAAACGUUUGCGAGUAACAUUAAAGACAGAGGAUCCACAAAUAUUAACACAGCGUUGCUUGAGGGAUCCCGGAUGUUGAACGAGCAGCCCAGGCAAGGCUCAGCUUCCAUUCUUAUCCUCCUCACCGAUGGAGACCCGACCACAGGUGUGACCAACCUGGAGCAAAUACAAUCCAACGUGAGGGCGGCCAUCCAGGACAAUUUCCCGCUCUACUGCCUUGGUUUCGGUUUUGACGUCAACUUUGCAUUCCUGGAGAGCAUGUCCUUGCAGAACAAUGGCGUUGCACGACGGAUUUAUGAGGACUCUGAUGCAGAUUUGCAGUUGAAGGGAUUCUACGACGAGGUGGCCAAUCCCCUGUUGACCAACGUGACCAUGAGCUACUCCAGCAGCGCCAAUCUGACCCAGACUAAAUUCAGCCAGUAUUACAACGGUUCUGAGAUCGUGGUGGCCGGUCAGAUCACUGACAACGACGUCGAAACCUUCGUUCCACAAGUUGUGGCCAUCUCUAGGAACGCCAGUAUUGUCUUUUCGGACACCAAUGGAACCAUUGAGUCCACGGAUGACAGAAACCUUCAGAGGGUUUGGGCCUACCUGACCGUCAAACAGCUUCUGGACAAAGAACUGCAAUUGAGCGGAGUAGGGAAGGAGAAAGUGAAGUCUGAGGCGUUGCGGCUGUCGCUCAAGUACGGCUUUGUGACGCCGCUCACAUCCAUGGUGGUCACCAAGCCAUCUGAGGAGACCACUGAAGUGCUGCAUAAGCCCAGCGAAGACACUCCACCGCUGCCAAGAAGGACCUCAAUUUUGAUGUCCCCAGGAAUCUUGAGAAAAGGUGUUAGUAGAACGAUUUCGGUUGGAGGCCAUUAUACUCAACUAACCGGAGGAUCCUCAGGUUUGGGAGGUAGGUUUUUCUCAGGGAAUUAUCCAAAUUUGCAUUUACCAGCACAACCAGGUUUCAAAGGGACUCCAGAUUUACCAGUGGGCCAUGGUGUGAAAGGUCCCCCUAUAUUUCAAGAUUUAGUAGCGGAUUAUAUUGACUUCGGGACACUUCCCACUGCCCCAACAUUGUUAAUAGUGGCCCCUGGCAUCAGGUUUCUGCUGCAGGCGGAGAAUCAAUCUCUUCCACUGUGUUUUGAUAUCGCUGGAAGAACCAUACUGAGACUGCUUCAUCUACCCAAUGCAGGUGUGUCUGUUAAUGGUGAGCUGGAUGAAGACCAAGGCUUCAUCAAGAUCAUUGUCCACUUCGAUACUGACAACUUUGUCGCUGUUGAAUUGGGCGCUGUGACUGUUAAAUACGAACAGAAACUGACCCGGUACACAGGAGAGGCUGCACUAGUUGCUGGAAGCGUGGACGUGCUUAUUCGGCACAUGGAGGUUGAUAUCACUGCUGGGCAAACCCGCCUGCUUAUCAUGAAACAUGGGAAAAAUGGAAAAGAUUUCCUCUGGCCGGCUCUCAGGCAGCAGCCAUCGGACGACGCUGUCGGAAUCUUAGCUCAAAAGGCUGCGGUUUAUGAAGAAGUUCACCAAGGUCCCUACACAAAACUGAAGAUGAAAGACCAGGAAAUAAGUGUUUCAAGAUCUUCUGCUGUCGACUUCAGCAUGAACUCGACCGCCACACUGGCCUGCUGGCUGACGUCCCCCGAGUCAGCGCUCCUAUCACCGCUCAGUGAUUUCACACUUAAAGUUCUUUAAAGAAGACAUUACAUUUAAUUGCACAUUCAUCAUACGAUGAAUAAACGCAAUAAACGCUGACUAAGAUGA